AUGGCCCCACUCCCGAGUCCUGACCUCCCCAGACUUGUCAUCUACUUCCAGUCUCACCACAAGCCCGAUGGCAGCCCCGUCUCCCUCUUACCCCUCAUCCAGCAGCCCGGCAUCCGCCUCACCCACCUCAACAUCGCCGCCUUCCACAUCAACCGCAAGCCCGACCCGUCACAUAUCAUCACCCUCAACGAUAAUGUCCCAGGCCACCCGUCAUUCACCACGCUCUGGGCUGAGGCCCGCAUCUUGCAGGCCGCUGGUGUCAAGGUUAUGGGCAUGCUGGGCGGCGCGGCCAAGGGCGCCUUCGCCAAGGACACCCUCGACAGCGACGACGAGGCCACCUUUGAGAGGUACUACGGUGCCCUGCAUGACAUGGUGCUGCAGCGCGGCCUAGACGGGCUCGACCUGGACGUCGAGGAACCCUUCAGCUUGGCUGGAAUCGUGCGGCUGAUCGACCGCCUGCGGGCUGAUUUUGGGAAGGACUUCAUCAUCAGCCUGGCACCCGUCGCACCGGCGCUGCUGGACGUGCGGCGGAACCUGAGCGGGUUUGACUAUGAGGCGCUGGAGGUCAUGAGAGGGAGAGACAUUGCGUUUUAUAAUUGCCAGUUCUACUGUGGAUGGGGAGACUGUAGUAACCCCAUCCUCUACGAGAUGAUGCUGAUGAAGGGGUGGAACCCAGCCAAGGUCGUGGUCGGCCUUGUCACGAACCCGGCCAACGGCUCCGGUUUUAUCCCCUUCGACGUCCUAGCCACCGUGGUCCCGCUGAUGGUGGGCCAGCACAAGCGUUUCGGUGGCAUCAUGGGCUGGGAGUACUUCAACAGCCUGCCAGGCGGGCGCGAGAAGCCGUGGGAGUGGGCGCAGUACAUGACGCGGAUCAUGGGGACGGACCGCACCACAGCACCCGAUGUGGUCAUGCCGGUGGGGAGGGUCGAGGUGCCGCCGCCGCCGCCUGCUGCGCCUGCUGAAGGGCAGCAGCAGAAGAAGUUAAUAGAAGUAGAUGCGGAUGAGGACGAAGAGGGCGGGAGGGAGGUCCCGGUGCCGGAUGCUUUUGAGUAUUAUUCGGAUGGUCUAGGGGAGGAGGAAUGA